AUGGAGUGGUUAACGAGCGCUGAGGGUCUGAAUGUCCGUCAGGAGCUGGAGGCGUCCGUUCGUGAGCACCGCCCUUACUUGCGUGAUGAGGAGGUCGACCUUAUUGUAGAUGGUCGUCUACAACGCAUGGUUCGGGAGCGCGCGGCGGAGCAAGCACCUGCGAGCGGCCAGCAAGGAGGAACCGGUGAAGGAGGAGCUGUGCACGAGGCUCCAAGUGUUGUGGGCAUUGGUGGAGGAGCUCUUGCACCGACCAUUGACACGGGAAUGAUCGGCACGAGCUAUGGCCAAUUCAAGUUUGGAGUUGAGCACAUCUCGACCCAGUUAGCCCACCUCAGGAAGGGAGACGAUGAGACAGCGGAAUCCUACUGCAAUAGGGCCCGCACCAUCCGAGCGGAGCUGCUGACCAUUGGACAAGAGGUCCACAUGGCCACGUUUGCCGCCCACGUGGUGAAGGGCCUACCACCGGAAUACGGAUUUCUUCGCCGCAAGCUCAAAAUUUCCAGCCCUGACAUGACGGUGGAACGCGUGUGCACCGAGGUGUUGAUGGAGGAGCAGACUCUCUCCAUCAAACAGAGUUACAAGCAGAUCACUAGUGAUGCAUCUGCUUUCUCGGGCGCUGUCAACACCAUCGUGGCUACAACGGGGGUCAACGGGAAGGAAGGAAAAGAGGGAAGGGAGCAGACGGACAAGAAGAAGGAUGGCAAGUGGGAGAAGAAGCGAGCCCCCUUCAAGGGGCGCUGCUACAACUGCAAUGAGGAGGGGCACAUGGCUGCCAAGUGCCCCAACAAGAAGAAAGAUACAACGCCCGUGGCAGCCGUGAACGUAGCAGAAGGAGACGGGAAGGGCGUGGCGCUCACCGUCGCGUGUUUGGCUGCAAAGUUGCUGGCCGACGACAAGGACUUGUGGUUCCUUGACUCAGGAUGCUCCCAACACAUGACCGGCCUCAAGGAGUGGUUCACGGUGAUCCGUGACCCAUCUGCAACGAAAUCAGUCAAAGGGUUUGAUGGCUCUAUGCAGGAAGUUGCCGGUGUUGGUGAGGUUUUGCUGGAGGGCACUAAUGGCUUGCGUGUGACCCUACAUGAUGUCCUCUUUGUGCCAGGAAUGAAGGCCAACUUGGUCUCCCCUUGGCAGCUCUUGGACAAGGAAGCAAAGCUGCAAACCGAGGAAGGUGUCACUCGCAUCAUCGCAUCAGGAGGUCAAGUGGCUACAACGGCACGAUAUCGCCAUCGCCUUCACUGCCUUGACCUGAAACCAGGGUCAGCAAGGAACGGUGCAACGGCUGCAGCGGCAUGCACCGAUAUGGCGGGUGGAGCGGCGAGCAACGGCACAGGGGCUGCAUUGGCAUGCAACGGCACGGCGAAGGAGAUUGCUGAUGUGGCGUCAAACAAGCCAGAAGCUAAAGAUGGAGCGGCCAGCCUCAAGACGUACGCGGUGGGCUCCAAGGCAAUGCCCAACCUGUGGCACGCUCGCCUUGGACACGUCCACUUCGAUGCGGUGAAGUGGACAGCCACGAGCGGUGGCGUAUUCGGUAUGGAUCUGGAGAAAGGAUGUGAGGAUAUGCCGUGCACCUCCUGCCAUGAAGCCAAACUCACUCGUGAAUCAUUUCCGCUGCACGACGAGCGAGAGGAGCAGAAUCCGCCGCCACCACGUACUGUCAUCGUGGUCCCGGUACCGUCUGUACAAGGGGGCGAGAAACCCCUUGAACGCUCGGUGGGCCCUUUGAGCAGCAAGGCGCCUACUGUACCUCCUCCUCUUGGUCCACCCUCCGUUGCUGAUUCGGCGCUCGUAGGACCAGAGGAUGGUCCUCUGGAGGUUGACACCAGCAUGGCUGAUCACGAGGAGGAAGAAGAAGUAGCAGUGGAUGAGCAGUCACCAAUGGCCCAUGAGCAUGAGCCUUCACUUGCAGUUCCCCCCUUCCAGCCCAUUCCACCACCCCCACGUCGCUCCAGCAGGCCUAACAAGGGGGUGCCACCCAUACGGUUUCAGCCAUCAGCCAUGACGGCCCAGGAUGCAGAUGAUGAGGACAACCCGUACGACGUGGCAUACCUUGCUGAGGACUAG